AUGCCUACUGAUAUCGAGGGCACUCGCACAGCUCUCGGCUUGCCUCCGUUCCCCCGAAUCGCCCCUAUUUCCAGCGAAGACAGGGAACUCAGCGCCGACAAAGAAACGGGAGCCAUCAUCCUGAGAAUCGUCUCUGUAGGUGAGCCUGGUGUGUGGGGGAAGGCGGGCGAUGUCCCGGUCAAGACAACUUUCAACACCAGAGAGCUCGGCCUGGAGUUCCCUGACCUCAAGUUCACCAAGGUCGAGGACCUUUGGUGGGGUGAGAACUUCAAGGGGGUCAGCUUCACCAAUCUGUCUGGCUUCCACUUCCGAUUCCAAGACGAUAAGUCACAGAUUGCGCAUUUGCAACGUCGGACAGCCGGCAAAGAGCCCGAGUCUGCCGGGCCGGGCGAUUUCGACAAGGUCCCGCUUCCCCGUCUCAAUGAGCACGGAGGUCUGUGGUACCGCGACUCGUACGGCGAUGCUGUCCGCGGCCACAACGACAUUAUCUCUUUCCCUUGGCACAAGUGGCAGGGAGGAAAGGGCAAAAACGUCGAUGUCUGGUUGGCGCUGGGGUUCAACCCCGACUUGGCCCAGUAUAUGUACGAUAGACAAGGCUGGGCAUGA